AUGGAUAUUCAUCGCUGCCGUUUCGUGCCUUACAACCCCCAGGCGAUCAAUGCACUCUCAUUCUCUCAUCCUCCCUCUGCGGAACUUGCCGGUCGAGGUGUCCCUACCCUCCGGCUUGCCAUCGGCCGCGCAAAUGGCGAUAUCGAGAUCUGGAACCCAAUGCGCGGCGCCUGGUUCCAGGAGACGGUUAUGCGCGGAGGAAAAGAUAGGAGUAUAGAAGGGCUUGCAUGGACUCUCGACCCGCCAGAGGCUGGACCUGACGGGACCAAGAUUCCGGGAAAACUGCGCUUGUUCAGUAUUGGAUACUCGACCGCGGUAACGGAGUGGAAUCUGGAGCAGGGACGCCCCAUGCGUCACUCGAGUGGAAACUACGGUGAGAUUUGGUGUAUAGCAGCACAACCAAGAUGGCAGGCUACGAAGCGCGGCAAGGAUGGAAAGCCUCUGCCGCCCGCGGAGGGAGAGUACACCGGGCAGCAUCUCGCGGCUGGAUGUGCAGAUGGCUCAAUCGUGAUCUUGUCUACUGCCGACGGCGACUUGAAAUUUCUACGGCUGAUGCGUCCAUCCACAAAGAGAGCCAGAGUCCUUAGCGUCACUUUCCAGAAUCGCAACACCAUCGUAGCUGGUUAUGCGGACAGCUCGAUUCGGCUAUUCGAUCUUCGGUCUGGGCAGCUUCUGCGUACAAUCUCUCUCGGCAAGGGGCCGGCUGGUGGUCCCAAGGAAUUACUGGUCUGGUCAGUUAAGUGCCUUCCAGACGGUACGAUCGUUUCCGGCGACUCCGCAGGCGAGAUCCGGUUCUGGGAUGCGAAGAACUACUCCCUUAUUCAACGUAUACAAGGUCAUCUAGCAGAUACCCUCGAUGUCGCUGUCAGCGCCAAUGGAGAUACAGUCGUCAGUGGAGGUGCGGACCAGAGGACAGUUGUGUACAGGAAAAGUCCGGGAGAGAAAGGCGAAAAGAAGGGCAGAUGGGCUGAAGUGAUGCACCGUCGGUACCACACCCAUGACGUUAAGACUUUUGCUGUUUAUGAGACAAGGGAUAUUAGUAUUGUUGUUUCUGGAGGUCCGGACGCCUCGCCUGUCGUGCUCCCAUUGCGUGAAUUUGGAAAAGAACAUCACAGGAAGCUCUCCAGUCUGCCGCAAAUACCUCAACUCGCAUCUUCUCCUUCCUCUAGGCUUGUGAUGAGCUUCUGGGACAGAGAGGUCAGCAUCUGGCGCGUGUCUCGUGGUCCUAUCUCUCCACACGAUAACUUGGAAGGGCAGAAGCAUCGGCUUGUCGGAAGGGUCUUAAUUCAGGGUGAAGAAAAUAUCACAUCAGCGAUGCUCUCCGCGGACGGAAAGAUUCUUAUUGUGGCUACGGUUUCCGCAGUCAAGGUUUUCUCCGUCCGACGACGAAAGAGUGAUGAAAGGGGAACUUUACGGAUAACAAAGUUGGAUGUUCCUGCCGCGUUCUCUAAGGAUGGCGCACGAGCUGUGUCCAUAUCGCCGGACAGCCGGUGGCUCUGUGUGGUUCGACCUGAUAGCGCCAUCUACCUGGCCAGGGUCAUGCCUGCUUCGUCUCCUCAGGACAAACCACAGAUCUUACCGCAGCUUGUUAAACUUGACAGGGCGACUCGGCACACUCGUCACGAGAAGGCUUCUCAUGGUUCUCUAGGGGACUACGAGAGAACUGUGCGCUGCGUUGUCUUUUCCGAGAACAGCCGAAUUCUAGCGACCGGUGACCUUUCCGGCUGUAUCGAUACCUGGCUCCUGAAAGAUGUCAAGGACUCGUCUGCAGUAGCUUCUAACAAGCGCAACGGCGCUGCAGAUUCUGACGAUGAAUCUUCGGACGACGAGGAUGAACGACCGGUGAUAGACGGAGAGCGCUGGCAGUACGCCAAUGCUGACUCACCCAUACCCAGACUCAAAUCUGGCGUGCUUUUGCUCUCUUUCCGCCCCCAAAGCCCGGCAGAAGCAAAGCUUCUCACAAACGGUGCUGAUCAGUCUUCCCAGAUAUCUCUGAGGGGCGAGAGUCGAUUGAUGGCUCUUACGAGCGAACACCAGCUUGUGGAAUUCGACACUCUUGAAGGAAAGCUAUCGGACUGGUCAAGGAGGAACCCCAAGGCUUAUCUUCCGGAGCAAUUCAAAGGGGUCAAGGACCGAGCAAUGGGGUGCUUGUGGGACCUUUCCGAGUCGCGUGACCGCCUGUGGUUGUACGGGACAUCUUGGUUGUGGAUGUUUGACCUGAAUCAGGAUUUUCCCUCCUCGGAAGAGAUGAAGGAAGCCGCAGAUGGCCACGAAGGAGACUCUUCGACACAGCUCGUUAAGACAUCUUCGGCUCACAAGAGAAAACGUGAACAAAUGGAGGAAGAAGAGAAAAGAGGAAAAGCGAACAGUGGUGCUGGUGAUCGGAUGUCAUUGGCUCAAUCGGAUGUUCACUUUGGCUCCAAAUAUCGCAAGAUCGAAGGACACGAUGACUCCAAGGGAGAGUGGGUCUCUCUAGACAAGGAACGCCCACAAGCAGCAGGAGAUGAAGAGGCCUUCGAAUAUGACGAAAAUUCUGCAGCAGUUCAUGACACAGCCCUGGCGCGACUUAGAAGAGGAAAGCUUGAGGAAGACGGAAUUAGCACUCCGCGAAAGCGAGUCUCUCUUGGACCUCGUGAUAAUCUUCUCUCGCUCAAUGGAUCCAAUGAUACACCAUCUCGGAAGCCAAAUGACCAUGACAUGCCUGACACGCCUCAGACACGAUUGGUGCCGCCGAAUGGAACUCAACCGGCACGUCGGUGGUGGUACACGUACAAGUACCGUGAUCUGCUCGGCAUUGUGCCUCUGAGCCCGCCAUCGGCCGAGGAUGGCGUCGAAGAUGAUACUGCGGGCAAUACCCUGGAGGUUGCCAUUGUCGAGAGACCUAUGUGGGACGUUGAGUUACCAGGUCGCUACGUCAGAGAUUACGCAUAG